AUGGCCUUGAGGCGUUUCAUGCCCUGUAUAAAAGGCCGCGCUAGGGUUAGCGAGGGUAGUUUCUUCAUCGGCUCCAAUAUGAGACGAUUCAUCGCUGUGCUUGGCCUGUUUGUGGGCGCUGCCUACUGCUUUCCUGGUAGAAUUAGCCAGAGUUACGGCGCCCCGUCCGUAGGCUUCAGCUCCUCUGGAGACCACGGUAGCUCCUUCACUGGUGGAAGAGCUGGUGGAUUCAGUGGAGGAUCGCAUGCUAGCGGCGUCAGUGGCUUCGGCGGUGGAAGAGGCAGCUCAUUGGGUGGGGGAUCACUUGGAGGAUUCAGUGGAGGAUCACAUGCUGGCGGCGGCAGUGGCUUCGGCGGUGGAGGAGGCAGCUCCGUCAGUGGGGGUUUCAGUGGAGGAUCACAUGCUGGGGGCAGCGCUUUUUCUAGUGGCAACUUCGGAGGCGGCAGUUCAGGAACCUCGACAGGACUCAGCACAAGCUACGGUACGCCCACCAACAACUUUGUGAGCUCCACGGGCGGUGGCUUCCGUGGAACUGGAUCCCAUAGCAGCGGAUCGUUUGGCAGCAAAUUUAGCAGUGGAUCCCAAGGAGGUGGAUCCUUUGGCUCCACAUCACAUGGGGCUGGGUCCUUUGCUACUGCGUCCCAUGGAAGUGGAUCCGGCGGAACAGGGUCCUUUGGUGCUGGAUCCCACGGAGGUGGAUCGUUUGGCACUGGAUCCCACGGCGGUGGAUCGUUUGGCACUGGAUCCCAGGGAUCUGGGUCAUUUGUUACUGGAUCCCAGGGAUCUGGGUCAUUUGGUACUGGGUCCCAUGGGCUGAGCACUAGCUACGGUCUUCCCAACUGAUAAUGAAGCUUUUGACAUAGGCCGGCGUUUAUGGGAAAUUGAGGCUUCCUUUUCCGUUUACAGUGUGCGAUUCUAAAUAUAUUCGCUAUGUGAGCUACGCACCGGCGUUCAUUUGUGCAGCCUGUUUUUCUUUCUAAUAUUUCUCGUUCCUAAUUUGCUUCAAAAUACAUCUAAAGAAGUGUACAAUAACAA